AUGGCACCAUCUACCACUGAAGCUUCCACCGCAGAGAUCAUUGUUCCAGUCAAGGCCGACCUCCAAACAAGCAUAAGCAAGCCUAAAAUAAGGCGAAUCAUCGAUGAGGAAGGGCGAGAGACUACUGCUAGCUACCCAAAAUAUCUACCCGUCUGGGAUUAUGGCGAACAGUUUUCCCCCCUCGAACCUUUCACACACAUUGAUCGUGGCAAGGACGCCAAUCCCUCCUUCGAAGAUCUUCUCACGGAAGGGUCUAAGAUUCAGAAGCUCACUCCGACUAUCGGAUCUGAAGUCACAGGAGUCCAGCUGAGCAGACUUACUCCCGCCGCAAAAGACCAGCUUGCUCUCCUGGUUGCCCAGCGCAAGGUUGUUGUCUUUAGAGAUCAGGACUUUGCCGACUUACCCAUCCAAGAAGCCCUCGAUUUCGGAGGCUACUUUGGCCGGCAUCAUAUUCAUCCCACCAGUGGGGCUCCGGAAGGAUACCCCGAGGUUCACCUUGUUUACCGGAAUAAUAAUGCGUGGGAGUAUGAUCAAUAUCUCGCCGCCAAGAAUAGUAGUGUUUCCUGGCACUCAGAUGUGACUUAUGAGCAGCAACCACCUGGCACAACGUUUUUGUACCUUCUGGAUGGACCCGAAGUGGGCGGCGAUACUGCUUUUGUGGACCAGGUUGAGGCCUAUAGGCGGCUUUCACCGGCGAUAAAAGAGCGGCUGCAUGGUCUCAAAGCCGUGCACUCUGGUUUUGAGCAGGCUGAAAACAGUCUUAAACGUGGAGGAGUUGAUAGACGAGAGCCGGUGAAGAAUGAGCAUCCCAUUGUCCGUACUCAUCCGGUGACGGGUGAGAAGGCUCUUUUUGUCAACAGUGGUUUCACUCGCAGCAUCGUUGGGCUCAAAACAGAAGAAAGCGAUGCUCUUCUAAGCUUUCUAUUGGCUCAUAUCGGCCGCGGUAUUGACUACCAGGCUCGAAUUCGAUGGGCCCCGAAGACAGUUGUUGUUUGGGAUAAUCGCGUGACUGCCCACUCUGCAAUUAUUGACUGGACGACAGGGGAGCGUCGCCAUUUGGCACGUAUCACCCCACAGGCCGAGCGUCCUUACGAAACACCUUACGUCCCAGAUGAAGAUAAAUCGAAAGCUUGA